CCCUCUCUCUCUCUGCCUGAUGGUGCGUUCACUGGCCCUCUCUCUGGUCCCUUGCAUUUAAUUGGGAAACAUGUUAUCUGCCAGAUAUAAAACAUACAGAGAAAAACUGCAGAGAAAGGUAAAGAAAUGUGGAGUUAGUAGUAUUGUUAAACCUUAAGAACCUCUUGAGUUGCGAGGAGGACAACUUUAAAGCGUUAUUUGAGUUCUUAGAAAGUACCGGGUUGAUGAAGAGGAUUUAGUUUUGUUAUUUUGUUAUUUUGAUUUCUCUUUUUUCUUCCUUGAAGCUCACUGAUUUCUUCCCAUGUUCUGUGGUCCACACUCCGGUCCAGAAGGUGGCGGUAAAUGCACCUAAAAGCUGUUUGCCAACCACCAUAACACUCCAAAAAGAAGAAGAAGGCUGCUUGUUUCCACUCGGUGGCUUUACGCAGGGGGACCGACGGUGUCAUGGCUGCAGCCGCUGAGAGCAUGAAGGUGGAGGCUGGAGGAGAGGAGGACAAACUGCAGACCCUCAAAGGAGCAGCGUUCCUCAGCUCCGUGGCGUCUGUAGGGAUGCUCGCGGGGUUCGGGUCCACGUUAGCCCUGUCCAAGAAGAAGAGCCCCGGCUGGUUCAGUAAGGGCGUCUCAGUGACGGCGGUGGCCCCAGAGAGUGGAGCCUCGUUGGCCCUCAGAGCUCUGGGCUGGGGGUCUCUUUACGCCUGGGGGGGGGUCGGCCUGCUCUGCUUCACCGUGUGGAAAAUACUGGGAGUCCAUAGCAUGUCAGAGUUCAGGCUGAAGAUGCAGUCCUUCGUCCCGGCCGUCCCAAAAAAACCCGAAACCGACCCUGUGGACUGGAGCGCCAUCUUCAAGUGACCGUCUUCAAGUGACCGUCUUCUCCUGCGGAAACAUCUGCACCUGAACGCAUCGUGUGGACGGAGAGACUCUGGAGCCUCGUCUGAGGAACCCGUCGUGUAUAUUUGUACAAAAAUCGCUUUUGUUACUCUGAACAUAUCAGCGUUUAUUUUAUAAUUUAUUCUGAAGUGGUCACAGUGACCCCGGACAUGUGGAGACCCCAAAGUGUUCUGAUAGAAGUGUAGAGUAGGGUCUGCAGCUCAUAGAGACUGCUGGAUGCUAACCUGCAGAUGCUGGGACAUUCACACAGUUAGCAUCAGUUGAGUUAGUUAGCAUUAUAGCUUACUGUAUGUGGACAAUAGUUAGAACAUGUCUGUCAGAUUUGGACAGUUCUGGAGUGGGUUAGGAGGUUAUUGAGGAUGCUGAAUCCAUUCCUGACCUUUUCAGGAUCAUAAAAGUCAGUUUCAACCAGAAAGUGUCCAAAUCUGUCCUCUCUGUGGACUGAUUCUGAUCAAGUUUGGGUCCAUUUGAAAGAUUUAGGGGACUCUGGAUUGGACAGAUUGCUUAUUUAUUUGAAUAUAAAUUGUCUACAGUCGAGGUAAUAAUGUUCGUCUGGUGCUCUCUGUUCUCAAUGGUCCCAACCCAGUCAGAGUCAGUCCACAGAGAGGACAGACAUGGACUCUGAAACCACUCCAGAACGGUUUGAUAAGUGCUAAUGAACUCACCUUGUGUUCACUGUGUGAGUGUCCCAACAUGCAGGUUAGCAUCCAGCAGUCUCUCUGAGCUGCAGACAGACUGGAAGACCGGGACAUAUCCACGCCUUAUUUUAAAAUGUCUGACACGGACUGAGAAGAUCUUUCUGAAUAUUGAAUCCACAGCGAGUCGUCUCGCUGACAUCCAGCUUCAUCACGGAGUUAUUUCUGCCUCUUUUUCAUCGCUUUACUACGAAUAAAGUCUUUAUGUUCUGUGUGCGAGCGGCGCACCCUCUGAUCUGUAAUGAACCGUUUCUGAAUAAAUUCAAUUCAUCUGUGAAGUUUC